AUGGCCUUCUAUUCUGUUGUUAGGUUAACCAUUCUCUGGCACUGGCUUUGCAUAUUUGCCAGCAGCGCUGUUGCUUCCAUUACUGCUGCUACUGACCUAGCCAACCUCCGGACUCAGCUGUCUCCCAAUGCAUCGAUUUCAUGGAGUACCUCAGAUGCGCCUAGAUGGAGCGAUUACGAUGCACCACAGCCGAUCGCGAUCAUAAACGUGGCCGCAGAAAAGGACGUACAAAUUACGAUUCAAUUUUGCAACUCCAAGAGCAUACCAUACCUAGUCCAAAACGGUGCACACGGUUCGUCGACUACAUUAGGCCAGCUGAACCACAACGGCGUCAUCAUCAACCUUGCCGCUCUGAAUAGAGUUACGUUCAAUUCCGAGAAGACACUUGUCAGCCUUGGAGGCGGGACCUUGAUGUCGGAAAUGAUUCAAAGUGCUUACUCCAAUAGUGCCUUGGUGCUAUCUGGGACAUGUAAUUGCAUUGGCUACUUGGGCGCUCUACUGGGAGGCGGAACCGGUUAUUUGAUGGGCCAGUACGGGCUCAUGCUGGACAAUGUCGUCUCCCUAAACGUAGUCCUUGCGUCUGGACAGGCAAUAACUAUUACACCUAGUGCUGAUGCAGAAUACGACGAGAGUCUCUGGUGGGCCUUGCGUGGCGCCGGACCAAAUUUUGGCGCAGUCACGUCGGCCGUGGUGAAAUCAUAUCCUGUCAAUUCGACCGCAUUGAACGCUUGGCUCGGCCCUCUUGUCUUUGAAGAGAGUCAGCUUGGUACUCUGAUCCAAACCAUGAACGAUAUCACGCUCCAACCCCGGAUGGCCAUGUCACUAACAUUUGCAAGCUCUGGGAACGCGUCAGUCUCUCCACUCAUCAUUCUCACCGUGUUUUAUCACGGCACCGAGGCUCAAGGCAAGGCCGCUUUUGCGCCAAUAUACGAAAUAGGCCCAGUGGCAGAUAAUACCUCAAUUAUAUCGUAUCCAGACUGGAAUGCUGCCCAGGAUACGUCGUGCAUCAAAGGGGGUAACAAGCCGUCCUUUGGUGCUGGGCUUGCGGGGUUGGAACCUAAGUCAUGGGAAGUAGUUUAUGACGCAUAUAAAGAAUUUCUCUUACAUCCGGAAGCUCAGGACAGCGUUAUUCUGUUGGAUGCAUACUCUACUGCGCAGAUUAGUUCUAUUUCUGAUUCCUCUACGGCUUAUCCGUUUCGCUCCACAAUUCGUUUCAAUGCUCAAGCCUCCCUGGUAUGGAAUGGCUCCAGCUUUGAUGCAAGCGCUCUAGCUUUUGGUUCGUUCUGUAGGGACAAAUGGAGGCUGAGUUCAGGCUUAAAGAAAAAUAGCACGUAUAUCAACAACGCGUUCGGAGACGAAAGUUUGACGACUGUGUAUGGCCAGAGCCUUCAAAGACUUCAGGAUCUUAAAAAUAUAUAUGAUCCUUAUGGUCGAUUCAAUUAUUGGUUCCCGCUUGAUGGUGACAAGAAGUGA